AAACGAAAUACAUCCUAGAGCGGUGAGAAUCAAAAGAGAGAAGCCAAAAAAAAAAGAGGACGAAACCCCCCACCCCCCCCCCCCCAAAAUGGCUCAGAGCAAGUUCGAAACAGAGCUUGAAUCGCUGCAAGCGCAGCACCCGGACAUCAAGCUCCACACCCCCGCCUCCCCCGACUAUGAGAGUCUGAGAAAGACGUACAUCGUCACCACAGCCAAGCCGGUGGCCAUUGCUCGGCCCCAGACUGCGGACGACGUGCAGGCCCUGGUCAAGGCCUGUGUUGACAAGGGCAUUGACUUCAACAUCAGAACCGGCGGCCACAACUGUGUGGGGCGUUCUCUAGUUGAUGGCGCUCUCUUGAUCGAUAUGCGCGAUAUCGCCUAUGUCAAUAUAAGCGAAGAUAAAAAGACAGCCAAGAUCGGCGGCGGCAUUCUGGCUGGAGGUUUACUGAAGGCACUUGGAGAGCAUGGUCUAAUUACGCCCUGCGGGUCUACUGCCUCAGUCGGAUAUGUCGGUUGGAGUACUGCUGGCGGCUAUGGCCCAUUCUCGAGUCUUUAUGGCCCUGGUGUUGAUCAGAUUGUUGGAGCGAAGCUAGUAAACUAUAAAGGCGAUCUUAUAGAUGCUAGCGACGAGUUGCUCAAGGGCAUACGUGGGGCAGGCUAUAUCUUUGGCGCUAUUGUCGAGCUGACUAUCAAGGUCUUCCCGCUGAAGGAGAUGCUGGUCAGCACUCUGAUCUAUGAAUCGAGCGAUAUGCAGUCUACUUGGGCCACUCUGACUAGUGGUCUCAAGGGUCUGGACUUGCCGCCAGCCUCCUAUGUUCAGCUGUUCGCUAUGGACUUCCCGGGUCUUGGCAAAGUGCUUGCUGCUAUUGUAACCUGGGUUGACGAUAACCACGACGAAGGCCGCAAGCUGGUUGAUAAGAUCGCUACCUUUGGCACUUGCCUGGUAAACUCGACUGAGGCUAAGACAGUGGCUAAAUAUGGUGAGGACAACGAGCGGUUGGUGACAUACGGCGUCCAUGGACGCUCCUAUGCCAUCAAUCUCAAGACAUGGACGCCCGCUUCUGUGGGCGUCUUGGGCAAGUAUAGCGCUGCUGUUCCUGCUGGCAAUGCUAUGAUCUCUGUACACGGCCUCCGGAACGUUCGCCCCAACGAGCAUUCAGUCUUUGGGGCUCGUGAAGACCACCAUAUGGUCGAGAUAGUCUCUAUGACGGCUGAUCCAGCGCUCGAGGAGGCGGCAUCCGCCUGGGGCCAGGGCUUGCUGAGGGAGCUAAGGCAGAAGGAUGGAGACAAUAUACUCGACAGCGCCUACAUCCCGCUACUUGACUACAGCGAUACGGAUCUGAAGAAGGUCUAUGGUCCUCACCUCGAGACGCUCAUCUCGCUGAAGAAGAAAUACGACCCGCAGAACGUGUUCAAGCACUCUCAGCCGAGGGUGCUUGGGUGAAAUAGCAAGAUCAGCUUUAGACUACCAAGAUCAACAGAGUCUGUUACCUAAAAACAGCCCUAGUUCUUUCAAGUGAUGAAGUACAACCUCUCAGAGCUUGUACUUCGCUAUAUGUUUUGUAUGCCGUUCAACUUGUGCUAUCGUCGAGAACAUGACCGCUAUACUCGAGCCGCUGGGGGGUUGAGGGCGGUGUGCAAGUACAAUAUCGCUAACACCAAAUAUUAUUCAAUGAGAAUCAAGGGUUAUUCAUCUGC